AUGACAGGAGAAAGCGACCAGCGGUCGGAGACUGAGGAGCAGCGCCAGUACGAACAAGAGAUUCUUGCUCGCCAGCACUACCUGCCGCAGUCGGAUGACUCAGAAGCAGAAGAUGAAAAACAAUCGCAACAGCAUCGCUUCACGGGUAAAAUUCGGAAAUUCUGGGAUAAGAAAGUCAAACCAGCGUUCCCCGAGGCCAUCGCGGAUAUCAGUCUUGUUAAAGACGUCUUUACCACAGAAUCGCUUAUACAUAAAGAUAUCCACGAUGCGGUCCGCUACCCAGAGAUCAAGGAAGUUGCACAUGUAAGACAAAGCUUGGAUAUUGGACCUGAAGAGAAGGCAUUUCUUAUUAAGAGGAAGAUUCAUGUCCGUGACCAUUUCGCAAAGUACUUGGGUCUAGAUCCGGCGCAAGUACAUCCAGAUGACAUUCCGAUCAUUGGUUUUGGUGGGAGCGGCGGUGGCUAUCGCGCCAUGAUCGGAUACAUUGGCUAUAUGACAGAAAUGAAAAACGCUGGACUUUGGGAUUUGAUAACAUACGUUGCUGGUGUCAGCGGCACGUGUUGGUCCAUCGCCGCCUAUUACACCUUCGCCGAUGCCACUAUUGAGCACAUUGUCGACCACUUCAAAAGCCGCCUAUCCCCAUAUCACCCCCUGUCCGAUCCGGCUAUCCGCACUACUCUCACUUCUAUCAAUGGACCUUACAACACGUUGGGGCCUUUAAUACUGAAGCAGAUCAGUAAUCUACAUGUCGUCUUGAUGGAUCUAUAUUCAGUGUUUACCACAGGUUAUUUGUUCCUUCACCAUAGCCAGGAAUCCGGAUCUGUUCGCCACAAGCCAAAUGCAGACCGAGGUUGGUGGAAGUGGUCCAACGCUCAAAAAUGGUUGACAGAAGGUCAGGAACCAUUUCCCAUUAUGACCGCUAUCCGUCAUGAAAGGCCGUGGAAAGAUUGGGUAGACAAGGAACACCCUUUCAAGGAUGAGAAUCCGUUGUCAAAAGAGCACGCGGAGACCGUGGAUGCUUGGUAUCAGUGGUUCGAAAUGACUCCCUACGAAAUAGGCUGUGAUGAACUCGAAUCCUGGGUACCGACAUGGGGUUUCGGCCGCCCAUUUGACGAAGGUAAAUCUACAAUGCAACUGCCUGAGCAGUCGUUAGCGCUGUUACUGGGACUUUGCACAAGUGCACCGGCCGGUCCGCUGGAUGCAUAUCUUGCCACCAUCAAGAGAAAUCUUCCUUCAGGCUCACUUGGAAAUGCUGUCCACGAUCUCGCCUUGAAGAUAACUCAUAUGUGGGGUAAACAGAAGACCAAGGUCUUCCAACAGCAUCAUCCCUUGCAUGCAUGCAAUGAACAUAAUUUCAUGUUCCAUAUGACCUCCGUACCUAAAGGAGAAGCUCGCCCUCCUGGUAUCGAGAAUUCACCCAGGAUUCACCUGCUUGAUUCUGGGUUGGAUAAUAAUUGCCCGACCUAUGUACUACUUCGUCCGGAACGUGAAGUGGAUGUAAUCAUUCAUAUGGACGCAUCUAGUGACGUCCAUAAAGAUGUAUUCCAAGAGCGAGUGGAUCAAAUCGGUAGUCGACGGGGUAUGCGGUAUACGAAGCGAACUUCAAAUGUGAUGUCAGGUACACUAAUAACAUCACCGUCCCCUGAUACCGCGCGCGAGGGCUCAGAUAAUGAGUAUGGACAGAUAUAUGACGGCACUCUCUGCGAACGGCCGGCUCAUGUUGUUGAUUCUUAUGGUCAUACCGUCACAAACCCGCCUGCUCAAGUUUGCCACAAAGAUAACACUAUCGUCUACAUGCCUCUACUCGAAAAUGAAGAUGCGGUUCCUGGCUUUAAUCCAUCGACAGCGAAGUGGUCUGGAAGCUAUAACCUUGUUUGGACUUCCGAACAAGUGGAAACUUUAGCAACCGUGGCGGCAGCGAACUUUGUCAAGGCCCAGUCUAAUGUAAAACGAGUCUUGCUCGAGGCAUACGAAAGAAAAAAAGCUUCACGAGAAGCUCCUAGCCCAUAA